CUUUGAUGUAUUUGUUUUGAGAUCACACAUCCCAAACGCCCGUUACUGACGCAACAUUCCCAGUCUUGAUCAUAUGUUAUGGCUGCAUUCACGCACUCGUUUCAACCAGGUCAGAUCUGAGCUGGGAAUGCAGACUGGGUCCCCAGAAGGUCCAACCGAAAAGGACGUCACUGAAACUGAUGAUGAACUUGCUCGUGAGCUACUUUUUGGGUUAACCGGGGACGACCGGUAUAAAGGCCUCAGUGCUGAUGCGAACCGGUAUGUACCAAAUGUGGACAUUGAGACCGCGAAAGUUCAAAGGGCGAACGCAGAAGGAAUGGAGAAGGUUCGCCAUUCAUUUUCCCCUGCAUGUUUUUCCACCCCAUGUUGAUGUCUCCUAUAGGUUCUUACUUCCUUACUCACCCAGCGGUCCGUUGGUUCUCGUCACACUCACGAAGUGAAUCCUGGAGUUCCGGGGGUGUUACCAAAUGGGGUUAGGAUCAGAAUUGUGCUUUCUGCUCUUGUCAACGACCUG